GUCCUCCAGGCCUCGGUCACUGCAUGCCUUGGGCUUGGCAAGCUCAUCCAGAGGAUGGAGCAAUCGCAACUUCAGAAGGCACAAGCUGAUGAAGCCCUGAUCCUUGCUCGGAAGCAGCUCCAGGAAGUGCAGGAGGCCUUCCGCUUGGAGAAGGAGGCCUUCGGCAAAAUCCUUGAAAACAGCAAGGUUGUGGCCAUAGCUGAGGGUAGGGCUGAGGCCGAGAAGACAGCGGCUGUGGCUGUCAAGAAGGCCACCGAGGACGCCGAGGGAGCAAGGAAUAAAGCUGUCACUGCGGCCCGAGAGGAUGCCAUCGCUGCUUUUGUCUCUGAGGGAUGGAAUGCUGAGGGCCGGCAAGAAUGGGUGGCCUCAGUAGUGGAGGCUUCGGUGGACUCCUGGGUGAAAGGCCCAGGUGCAAUGUGGUUAGCCUGGAAGGGCAAGGAGUAUUACGAUGGGGGUG